AUGGCGGGGCAGAUCUCAUCCCCGCUCUCCUUUCUACAUGGCCCCCGAGAUCCGCGGUGGCUCUCAGUAGGAUUGCUCACCGUCGUACUCUAUGCCGAAGCCCAGGAGAUUCUAUGCCCACAACACAAGCACUUGGAAGGUGAAGUACAAAAAUGCAAGGAGCUCCUGCCAGACCUCUCAGGAAAAAAAGAAAAGUUGGCUGCCCUGAGCAUCCGUUACGGCCUCCGCUGUGCUCGUGAGGUUGACCCCGACAUCUCGCUGCCCGACAUCAAAGAACGUCGCUGCAAAAACGAUGACCCUCAGGACUUUCCCAGAAAGUUCUACCAAUGCUGGAACAGGCUGCUCGAUACCGACGAGCUCUUGACAAGGGUUGGCUUUACUGGGGACGAGUUGGACAGAUUCAGAGCAGCAGCGAAAUGCGUCAACAACGUGAUCGAGAGAACCUUGACAGAAUGAUUGCCCUUACACCAAUCCAGCAUCGUAAAGGAAGAUUGCUUUCUGCAACAACUCUCUCCCGGCGUGAUCUGAAGCAUGUUGGACAGACACCAGAAACUUGAACUACAAGCGCCACGCCCAGGCCCACUAAAAAUCAUUUUCGCCCGCGUUAAUGGUCAUGACGAAUUUAAACCGGCUCUUGUACUACAAGUUCUUAAAAAGGAGGAAUUCCAGACUCUUUUUAUAAAGUACAAUGAUUUUUUUUUACCGUCAAAGUGCAUACCUUCUGCGAAUAUGCUCAUAGUUGAGCAAUUGUUCGGAGCCUGUCCAAAGUCCUAUUUAUAAGGUUAACGCCCGAAGGUACACACUGCAUGCUAAUUCACAACUUGUCACUUAUAUCAAUGAAAUUAUUGUAGAAAACAUUCUCCUAAUAAAGGUAAACUAUUUAUGAGUGUAAGAAUACUUUAAAAAGAAAUGGCCUCACUGAAAAGCCCUAUAUUGUGGCAUAAUUGAGCCACAUGUGCAACCUUACAUGCACUAAAAUAUAAACUUUAUUGCUUAAUGUAGGUGCUCAUAAUAAUCGUAGAACCAUUUUCAGGUUAUAGUUAGAAUGAGUGAUACCUGAAUGACAGCUGCAGGCCCAGCUGGUAUGAAAACUGUGGCUGCUCAUUGGAAUCUCUGCAGGAGCGCUGCCUUUUACAAUAUGAUAGUUUUACUGCAAACACUUUUGUUUUUCUACUAAACGUUUGUGGGUGAAAUUAUGUGCUUUCACAUAAGAAAGAGGUUUUGAGUUAUUGGCGUGCACCAUGUUUCUGUUUACUUACAAAUGCUUUGUUUAUUUUAAAAAUGACUUGUAAUAUUUGAGGUGGAACAUUAUUCCAUCGUGGAGGAGGGAGGUUGCCAAGGUUUCCGACCAGCUGGGUGGUAGACUAGGGGCGAGAGCAUAUCACAAAAAAUAUUACGAAAAAGGAGAUAACAUACCUCAAGGUACGUACUUCGAUGUAGUUCUGACACAAACAUUUUUAUACAAUGUAACAGUUACAUCGCUCUGCUCGGAGCGCACGUCAUGUCUAUACGAAGUCAAACAUAUAUGCACGAUAAAAUAAAUUUUCAUUGAAUCUUGA